AUGACAAAAUUGAAAGCAAUUGGUCCAGAUAGAUUUCGCCCAACCCAAUGGUUGAAGAGUGCAGGGUAUGCUCCACAAGUAUUUAUUUUCAGAAAUUUAGAGUCAGGUCAGGUUCUUUAUUCCCAAUUGCCAAACUUUAGUGAAAAACAGAUCAAAUUACAGUUUCAACGACCUAAUUGGGCUAACAAACAACCAUCUGCAAGACGUGAUAUUUGGAAAUGUAUGUGUGUUGUUGAUAUGCCAUCUUAUGAAGCUAGCGUGCAAUUGUAUCAAAAUUUAGUUAGGUUGAGAUACUUGAGAGACGUUACUUAUGUUAAACAAACUAAUGAAAUGAGGAAAAAAAAUAAUGAUGGUAAUGUUUGGUUUAGUGGCCAAUAUAGACCAACAUACACACAAGAAGCUGUUGCUGAUUUAGUGGAAUCAUUAACUAAAAUUGAUAGCGAAGAUAAAAAACUUACUAUACAUUGGGAAGAUCAAUGGAGAAUGGGGGACAAAGAAAAAUAUUGGACACCAAUUUUACCACAAGUAGAACAUUCAUUAAUGAGUCGUGUAGGUAAUACGAGCAGGGAAGAAAGUUCUAUUUUGAAAGAGUUGGGAGAAAGAGCUAAAGAAGCCUUUUCCAAGGGGAAUGUUGAAAAGUCAUCUAGUGUCUAA